AUGACCAAGGUGCUGAGCUUGAUGCUGCAUCUGCUCACGGAUAAGCUCAUGUUGGCGACGCUGGUGAUCCAAUUCCUCGCGACGCAGCUGGAGCUCUUUCUGAUGCAGAUUAAUCUUUUGCUCUUCAAGUUUCCGACGUUCUACAGCUUCUUCCCGCUCAUUUUGCAGCAACGUCGAAAGCCGACGGCAUUUCUGAGGUUUCUAUUGGCCCCCACCAAUUAG